CCGGCUUAUAUGUCUAUUUCGUCUGUUUUCAGCUUGCGGAAACAGCUUCGUCAUAUUACACACAAUCGUAAAAUUUUCAAUCACGACAAGUCAGUUUAAAAGGGAAAAUGACUGCUGACAAAGAAAUUAAGAAAACUGCACCAAACGGCGAAGAAGAAAAAAAGAAGGAUGAAAAGGAAAAAAAGGGAAAAGCUAAAGACACGCCGAAAGAAGAAGAACUGUCUGAAGAAGAUAAGCAGCUCCAAGAUGAGCUGAAUAUGGUUAUUGAAAGGUUGACGGAGAAUGAUGCUACCUUAUGGAUGCCCUCUCUAGAAAUCAUGCGUACACUUAUUUGUGCUGCUACUACUUCAAUGACAAGUGUUCCCAAACCCCUAAAGUUCUUGCGUCCUCAUUAUGCUGUCUUGAAAACAAUUGUCGAAAAAAUUACUGAUCCCAACACCAAAGCCCUUUGUGCUGACAUCAUAUCAGUUUUGGCAAUGACAAACACUGAAGGAACUGAAUGCCUUCAAUAUCGUUUGAUAGGAUCCAAAGAAGGACUAGUAGAAUGGGGCCAUGAAUAUGUUAGGCAUUUAGCAGGGGAAAUUGCCCAGGAAUGGGAUGAAAUCCCUUUUGAAGGAGAUGAAGGCAAAGCAAAGAGAGCUCAGUUGUCUGCUCUUGUUGAACAAAUUAUUCCUUUUCAAAUGACUCACAAUGCUGAAGCCGAAGCAUGCGACUUGCUAAUGGAAAUUGAGCAGUUGGACAUGCUGGAGCAACACGUCGAUGAAGCUGCCCACAACCGGGUUUGCCUUUACCUCAGCAGCUGCGUUCCAUAUGUUCCCGAUCCCGAGAAUGUUAACCUUUUGAAAACAGCGCUUUCCAUUUUCCGUAAAUUCCAACAGUGGCCACAAGCACUUAGGCUGGCUCUGCAGAUCAAUGACCAUGCACUGAUCGAAGAAGUCUUUUUGGCUUGUAACGACGGAACUAUGCGAAAACAGUUGGCAUUUAUGUUGGGGCGGCAACAGAUAUUUCUUGAGCUCAAUGAGGAGUUGGAGGAUUACGACGACUUGAUUGAAAUCAUGUCCAAUACCCACUUAAACAACCAUUUCCUAUCGCUGGCACGAGAGCUGGACAUCAUGGAACCCAAGACCCCCGAGGACAUCUACAAAUCUCAUCUGGACAACAACUCUCGUUCUGCGUUUGGUGGUGGUCAAGUAGAUUCGGCCCGCCAGAACUUGGCAUCGUCUUUCGUUAAUGGAUUGGUCAAUGCCGCCUUUGGCCAGGACAAACUUCUAAUGGAAGACGGGAACAAGUGGCUCUACAAAAACAAGGAACACGGAAUGUUGAGUGCAACAGCUUCGUUGGGCUUGCUGCUCUUAUGGGAUGUUGAUGGUGGUCUAACGCAAAUCGACAAAUACCUCUACUCAUCGGAAGAAUACAUUAAAGCGGGCGCCUUGCUAGCCUGCGGUAUUGUCAACACUGGCGUUCGUAACGAGUGCGAUCCUGCCUUGGCUCUUCUUUCUGACUAUGUUUUACAUAGCAGCAACGUGAUGAGGAUUGGUGCUAUUCUUGGUCUUGGACUGGCAUAUGCUGGUUCCAAUCGCGACGACGUGCUCAGCUUGCUGCUCCCUGUCCUCUCACAUCCCAAGUCGUCGAUGGAAGUUGUGGGUGUCGCCGCCCUUGCAUGUGGCCUAGUAGCCGUGGCAUCGUGUAACGGAGACGUCACUUCAGCCUUGCUUCAAACACUCAUGGAGAAGAGCGAAGUGGAAUUGAAAGAUACCUUCUCUCGUUUCCUACCUCUUGGAUUGGGUCUCACUUAUUUGGGAAAGCAAGAAGCCGUCGAGGCCGUUGUUUUGGCUCUGGAAGUUCUAGCCGAACCCUUCAAAUCCAUGGCCAGCACGAUGGUUGAAGUGUGCGCGUUUGCGGGGACGGGCAACGUUCUACGCGUCCAGCGUUUGCUCCACAUUUGCAGCGAGCACCACGAACCCCAGGAAAAGGAAGACAGGAAAGAGAGCAAAGAAACGGCGGCUAAAAAAGAUGAAAGUGCCGCGGCGGCUGCCGGAGCAGCAGCAGCAGGUUCUGCAACAGGCACUUCGACUGCUGCCGCCUCUUCCGGCGCCCAAGCGGAUUUGUCGUCUCAGCAAGCCGUGGCUGUCAUUGGUCUUGCGCUCAUUGGCAUGGGAGAGGACAUUGGGGCCGAAAUGGCCUUCCGCACGUUGGGUCAUUUGCUGCGUUACGGAGAGCCUUGCAUCCGCCGAGCCGUGCCACUCGCUCUGGGAUUGAUUUCAGUCUCUAAUCCUCGUUUGAAUGUCCUCGAUACACUUUCCAAGUUCUCCCACGAUUCCGACUCUGAAGUGGCCCUCAACAGCAUCCUGGCCCUCGGUUUAGUGGGUGCCGGAACCAACAAUGCCAGAUUGGCCGCCAUGUUACGCCAACUGGCCCAGUACCACGCCAAGGAUUCCAACGCCCUGUUUAUGGUCCGCCUGGCUCAGGGAUUGACACAUCUGGGCAAAGGCACGUUGACCUUGCAGCCCUAUCACAGCGAGAGGCAACUCAUGAAUCCGGUGGCCGUCGCCGGAUUGCUUUCCACUGUUAUCGCUUGCCUCGACGUCAAAAACAUUAUUCUGAGCAAGUCGCACUAUCUGCUGUACACAUUGGCCGCCUCCCUCCAGCCGCGGAUGCUGAUUACCUUUGACGAGGAAUUGCGACCGCUGCCCGUCUCUGUCCGGGUCGGUCAAGCCGUUGACGUGGUGGGACAGGCCGGCAAGCCCAAGACCAUCACGGGAUUCCAAACGCACACGACCCCCGUCCUCUUGGCUCAUGGCGAGCGUGCCGAAUUGGCCACCGAAGACUACGUUUCAUUGACCCCCAUCAUGGAAGGGUUCGUCAUCCUCAGAAAAAAGAAGGUCGAUUAAAUUCACACCCAAGAUGUCUGAAGAAUGUAUCUCUUGGUUUGUUUACCUUGUUGAACCACCGUCCUUCAUCCGACACGCCUCUUCCAGAUAAUAUUACUUUCUUUUUCUACCCCCUUGCUCACGUGUCGAUUGAAACAAAAAAACACACUUGAUUUUCUUUUUCUUUGGCUAUUUUUCCUCUACCCUCCGCUUUUUUUGUCGUACGUGUAUUCCCCAAUUGGUUCAAUCUUGAAUUGGAGUGUCGGUUGAAGGGGACGAGUGGAAGAGAAGAAGUAAAAGAGUUCAAUACAAACGUUCCCGCCUUUCA